CUGGUGUAAAGAUGGCAGACGUGCAGCCGCCUCCCCUCCGCACCCUGGAUGACUUCCUCCUCAGCUCGGCUCGGUUCGCGGUGCCGGACUUUAGGGACCUGGACCGGUGGAACAACCGGAUCAUCAACAACCUGCUGUACUACCAGAGCAACUAUUUCCUGAGCGCCCUGCUGCUGCUGCUGCUGGUGGGGUAUUUCCAGCCCUUCCAGAUGUUUGUUGGAGCGAUCGUGGUCACCUUGUGCUUCCUUGGUUUUGUCUGGGCCGCUGAGAACCAAGCUCCUAUACGCCGUUUCCGUAGAAACCACCCUGCUGCCGCCAUGUUGGCCAUUCUCCUGGGCAGUUACCUCUUCAUAUCGGUGCUGGGGGGCGUGGCCGUGUUCCUGUUUGGGAUAGCCUUCCCUAUACUAAUGGUUCUGGUCCACGCCUCGAUGAGGCUACGCAGCCUGAAGAACAAACUGGAGAACAAACUGGAGAGCAUCGGGCUGAAGAGGACGCCGAUGGGACUGCUGUUAGAGGCUCUGGGACAAGAACAGGAAGCUGGAUCGUAGAAAGGAAGAGGAGGAGGAGGAGGAGGAGGUGUGGAAGGGAGGGGGGAGGAAUUAGUGCCAUCUGAUGGAAGGAAAUGGGUAUGAGUGGAAAAAGAGAGGGUUUCUGCAGGAAGAGAAGAGAUUUAAAGCAAAAUGAAGUAGGAAGAAAAAGUCAGGGACAAAAAAAGGAGAUUUGAAGUGCUAAAAACAUUUAACAUGAAGUCAACAGUGAAGGAAGUGAGAGUUGGAACAGAAGAUCACAUCAUUGCUGAUCUGUUUUCCCCAAAACUUGCACUUUAAAGCACAUUUUUCUAACUUAAACACAUGUAUGCUCCAAGACUGCGCCAUCACAGCCACAUAAACAUUCACAAUCAGCCGUUAGAAUAAAUGGAAUUAUAAAGGCAGAAGAAGAACAGACAUGCUCCACAAAGCGAGCUCUACAUACUGCUUUAAGCUCCAGUUAGAGAUACGGAGGAUCAUGAAGCAGCUUAUCUCUGAACUCUUCCUGCUCCAGACUCUGAGUGCGCUCACAUAAAAGGGCGUUUAGGGUCUUCUGAUGCUUUGUCAUCCCUAAAAAAGAAAGAUGAUUGGCUGAUCUACAGAUUGCAUAAUGAGCAGAAGAUGGAUGCAUUGCUGAAGGAGUGCCAGAACAAUUAUACGAUGCAUUAGCAGCUUUUCAGUCAGGACGACUUUGUAAACAGACUUGAUUAGUGGUUAUAAAUAUUUUUCUUCAUUAGCCUUUAUUAGUUAUACAUAUCACCGUUAUUUAUAUUUGGCUGAGCCUACAGGAAAGGACAGUCUGAGGCAGCAGGAGCAGACAUCAUGAAGGAGGAGCUGGGGUGGAGGAGGGUUGCAAAAAGUGGUUAGCAGAGGGAGCAGCAAAGCUUAGCCAGGCUGGAGCAGUUUAAAUAUGGCAGUAUGGGUGCGAUUAGCCAAUCGCAUGCUUAGUGUGAAUCAACUGGCCGUCAGCUGAUGAGGGCUGUGCGUGAGAUCUCACUUACAGGGCAGUGCUUGACUUUGUGGCCUACCUGUUCUAACGCUAUACACUCAAUUUAUAUCCGUUUUGGGCAUUCAGAUACCAAAUCCUUCGUGCUGUGUAGACACACCUGUACUGACAACAGAUAUCUGACAGCUCAGACUGCAUACAGGACGGUUUGGGAUGUCUUCAACUGGAUUGGAUCAGUUGUGUGAAUAACUAAGGCCUACUAUCUGGCAAUAAUGGAGGAAAAAACAACCACAACAUCCCCAGCUUCAUCAACAUUCCAGCCUCUGCCUUUAUAGAUGAUGCCAUCCUUUUUAGCCUAUAAAACAUUCCAUCCUUGCCUUUUGCAUACAGGCCAGCCAAUGCCACCAGUAGUUGUCAUUCCAAACCAGGACCCUACCAGAUUUGUUGGCUAGAUGGUAGAUCAGCAAGUCCUUUAAAAUGUAUGACAACACGAUGGAGAAAAGCUGUUAAAGAGGCACCGCUAGUCUCUUAGCUCUGGCUAGAUGGCUCCCAUUCAUUCCGAUCAGCAUGGACAUGAUUCAGGAUUUAAAUGUGGGUUUAUAAGACAACGGGAAUACCAUUGCAGUUUUCUUAAAAAAAAAGAAUAAAUUCAUCACAACUAAGUACAAAGUUGCAUGAUCUUUUCCCUUCUCAGUAGUAAACAGUAUAGUCUCUUCUCCCAGGCUUUGCAGAUAAAAUCUGCCAUAAAAAGGCUCCUUUCUUGAAGAAAAACUCAAGUUUUUUGCAGUCAUCCAAUAAUAAAAGUCAGCCUUCCAUUCCAGGCUUUAUAAAGUGUUUAUAUUAUUUUAGUGUUUCACUAAAAUAGACUCAGAUAAAGGAGGUUAAUGCAGCAGAAAACGUGUUCAAAGAGACGUUUAUCCCCCACAUAAUCCAGUAUUUCAAAUGGGAUUUAAACCUUUUUUUCUGAGUCUUUUCAGGAACUAAAUGAAGUAUAAUUUUAUUUACAGCUUGUAUUUUUGUUGUUUUCUUUAAGAACAGAAGGAAAAGACUCAGCAUGGCUGAGGAAUAUUUAAAAACACUAGUGAUAGUGGAGGAAUGAGUUUGUAAAGUUGAGCAGAAUGAAGGUUUUUGACAAACUGAAAGCCAUUUGAACGCUUGGAAGCUGCCUGUUUAACCCUUUACUGUACUGCUUUGUUUAAGCCAAGCAUAAAGACAUGGGGAUCUGUUUUUAAUAUGUGGUACCUACCUCUGCAGCAUUUAUUUUCAUUCAUCUGAGGGUUUCAAAGAAACAUUCCUCCUCUGUAUUACAGCUUUUAUAAACUCUUUGCUAAAGUUUUCCUUCAGUGUAACACCACUUCCUGUCCAGAUCGUUCACUAUGAUGCAGAAAAUGCUGACUUGUGUUUUUACAGAAGUAUUAAACGUACAUGUAGGGCUGUUUUUGUUUUAUUCUAUGUGCCAUUGAAAGCUUGAUAUUUGCCUUGUAUGCAUUUAUUUAAGACAUGUAGCUGAUGUAUUUAAACCUGGAGCAGUUUGCUCGGCUCUGUCCCUAAAACUCCUGAAAAACAUUCAGUAUAAACCGUUUUAUUUCUUUCUAAAGGUGUGGACUCUGAAUGUUCUGACUCACCCACGCAUCUUUGACUGUCUUAAGAUUUAUUUAAGAUUUUAUAAAUAAAGAAAGAUUGCAGAGCUGCAGGGUGUUUUGGCUUUUUAUUGAUCUACUUUUCUGCCUGUUUGGAUCAAAUACUUGGGACUUAAAAACAAACACUGAGCAAA